CGCGCAGACUCUCUAUGUACAGUGGGUGCAGGUACAUCCGGACGACAAAUUCAGACAACCUAAGUUUAUUCCAUUUGUGACGAUCUGACACUGGCGACACAUUUAGCUCCAGACUGUCUUCUUACAUGGAGAUCAUUUAAUCCCAGGCCGCUCCAGUGAAGAAUCAGCGCAGGAAAAAGUAACAGUCUCGUGGACAAUUGUUGGACCGAGAGCUCGUGCCCCUGCAACCACUUCCGUAGAAUAGAAAUUGGGUCCCACAGACAGAAGGGCGACUAAAGACUGACUUGUAAUUUGUGAAUAGGGGAGGGACUUGGAAGGCAGUAUAUCAUGAGGUUGACAGGGCCCAUGCGAGCUGUAGCAGUGCUGCUCAUGGUUGGGCUUGUUUGGCUGCUGGUUAACAACUUUUUCGGAGGAGAGAGUGUACAUGUGCUGAGCUUCUUAGGUGGGUCAAGUGAGCAGCCGACACCUGGUGAGCCACGUCCCCGAAAGUAUAAAUGUGGACUCUCGGCUCCCUGUCCCCCGAAACACUUGGCUUUCCGUUUGGUGUCUGGUGCUGCAAACGUCAUAGCCCCCAAAGUUUGCUUAGAAGACCAGAUGAUAAUGAGCAGUGUAAAGAAUAAUGUUGGGAGAGGACUGAACAUAGCGUUAGUAAAUGGAGUGACAGGCGACCUUUUAGAAGCAAGGACAUUUGAUAUGUGGGCAGGAGAUGUGACGGAGCUGCUGAAGUUUCUACGGCCGCUUCAUGAAGGAACUCUUGUCUUUGUGGCCUCCUUUGAUGAUGCUGCAACAAAGAUGAACGAUGAGUCGAGGCGACUGUUCGAAGAGCUUGGCAGCACCGCAGUGAAGGAGCUGGCCUUCAGGGACAGCUGGGUGUUUGUGGGAGCCAAAGGAAUAGAGAAUAAAAGUCCCUUUGAGCAGCGAAUGAAGAACAGUAAGAACAGCAACAAAUAUGAAGGCUGGCCUGAGUCCCUGGAAAUGGAUGGCUGUAUUCCCCUACGACCGCCCCUUGACCAUUAAUCCUGCUUUGCAGCUAGCAGUGGGGAAGAGGACUCGCUGACUUACUGCUGAACUGCCUCAAAGGCGACUGGAAGCUUUUGAUCUCCAAAUAACACAUUCAUCUCCUUCCUACUGGCAGAAGGUUUCUUGGAUGACUUGAUCUUGGAAAUUGGUUUAACAGGAGUGUCUGAUUAAAAAUAUCAAGGUGGACUUUUGAAAUUGAAACAACAUUUUGUUUUCUUUAUAUAUAUCUUACUGAGGGGAUCUUGACACUCCAGA